AUGCGUCACGGUGUUGGUUGUUGGGUCCACGUCUUCGUCUUCGUCUUCAUCUUCGUCGUCGUCGUCGUCGUCGUCGUCGUCGUCGUCGUCGUCGUCGUCGUCGCCGCCGUGGUCAUCGUUGUCAUUGCCUUCUGCGUUCUGCAGGCGGGGCCUACGGCCUCCACUGCAGCUAACACAGCGACGACAUCAGCUCAAGCGGCCGGUCGUCACCUUUUUUCCCUCCAACAUCAUCCUCCGCCGCGCAUCCGUCUGCCCUUCAAUUCAACCGAUCCCGAAUCGACCGCAACACUCUCCUCCCCCUCCGAGCCAACAUCGUUCCCCGCCGCCAUGGACUCUCAGUGGCAGCAGGGCUACGCCGACUCGGCCGGUUCUGCGAGGAGAUACAAUGGCACCAGCGCCCAGAUGCCUCGGGGAGAUUACAGCGGCCAGCAGGUCGCUCAGGGUCAGCCGCCCGCCGGCUUCAAAUACGAUCAAUACCAGAGCCCUGGCGGCAUCUCAUCCCACGCCGCCAGCGCCGCCACAUCGCCCAUGUCCACCCCACAGAUGCGCGAUGGCAACGGCGACAUUCCCAUGCACGACGUCCAAGAUCCCUACACCGGAAUGAAGUAUCCCAUGAGGCCUCAUCACCAGUCUCAUCUCUCUGGGAGCCGCUCUUCUGCCCUGUACUCCCCUCAGGAACCGUCCGCUGCUGCUCAACGGUAUUCACCCAUGGAGGCCCUGUCCCCCACUUCGCCCUACGCGCCCAAGCCCGCCCAGAGCCAGUUCGCGUCCCCUCCAGGACAACGACAGUCGCCGACGAGGCAAUCCGACUAUCUCCCCCAGAGCCCUCACUACGGCGGACGUCAGCAGGGUCAGCAACUCCCCCCGAUCGCCCCCUACGCCUCCGCUCACGACGGCUACCCAUCUUCCGUCGUGGCCAACAUCGAUGGCGCCUUUGUCGCUGAUCCGAAAUCACCGCGACGCCCCAUCCCGCACAGAGGACCUGUCCCCGAAUUCAGACCGUGCCGUGCUCCGACCGACCUUCGACCCAAGGUCAGCUCGCAGCCCCCUUUCCGGCGUGCCAACCCGGAAGGUGGUUUUAUCAGCCCCCUCCAGGCGCUCACGGUGCACCUCCCUGCGACCUACAGGAUAUGCAACCCGAACUUCAAAUACGAGUCCUCCCGUAACCCUCGCCGGGUUCUGACAAAGCCGAGCAAAGGCGUGAAGAACGACGGAUACGACAACGAAGACAGCGACUAUAUCCUCUAUGUGAACGAUAUUUUGGGCUCAGAAGAAGCCGGCCACAAGAAUCGAUACCUGAUUCUUGAUGUUUUAGGCCAGGGCACCUUCGGCCAAGUUGUCAAGUGUCAGAACCUCAAGACUCAGGAGGUCGUGGCUGUCAAGGUUAUCAAGAACCGGACUGCCUACUUCAACCAGAGCAUGAUGGAGGUCUCCGUCCUGGAUUUGCUCAACACGAAACUCGACAAGAAUGAUGACCACCAUCUGCUGCGACUCAAGGAUACUUUCAUCCACCGCCAGCAUCUCUGCCUGGUGUUCGAGCUCCUGAGCGUCAACUUGUAUGAGUUAAUUAAGCAAAAUCAGUUCCGGGGUUUAAGCACGACUCUAGUACGCGUUUUCGCUCAACAGCUCCUCAACGGCCUGGCUCUCUUGAACAAGGCCAGACUCAUCCACUGCGAUUUGAAGCCAGAAAACAUUCUGCUCAAGAACCUUGAGAGCCCUAUUAUCAAGAUCAUCGAUUUCGGCUCCGCAUGCGACGAGCGACAAACGGUCUACACCUACAUCCAGUCGAGGUUCUACAGAUCCCCGGAGGUACUACUGGGCCUCCCAUACUCGUCUGCUAUUGACAUGUGGUCGCUCGGCUGCAUUGUCGUGGAGCUCUUUCUGGGACUGCCUCUGUUCCCUGGAUCUUCCGAGUACAAUCAAGUUUCGCGUAUCGUGGAUAUGCUGGGAAACCCGCCCAAUUGGAUGAUUGAAAUGGGCAAGCAAGCUGGCGAGUUCUUCGAGAAGAGACAGGACGAGUUUGGCCGACGAACCUACCAGUUGAAGAGCAUGGAGCAGUACGCCAGAGAGCACUCGACCAAGGAGCAGCCCAGCAAGAAGUACUUCCAGGCGAAUACCCUUCCGGAGAUCAUCAAGUCCUAUCCUAUGCCAAGGAAGAACAUGAAGCAGAGCGAGAUUGACAGAGAAAUGAACAACAGGAUCGCCUUCAUCGAUUUCGUGCGGGGUCUGUUGAACAUCAACCCUCUCGAGCGAUGGUCGCCGCAGCAGGCCAAACUGCACCCUUUUAUUACUCAGCAGAAGUUUACCGGGCCGUUUGUACCGCCCAUGAACCUCAAAUCGAGCUCACUCAAUCGAUCUCCAGCGCCAGGUACCCAACAGCAGCAACAAGCCGAGGCACUGAGCAAGCAAAGGGCACAAGCCGCUCAAGCACAGGCGAACUCUGCUGCACAAGGUGCUUAUGCUUCUAUGGCUGCUCAAUACCAACAACCAGGACACUCCCAAGGCCCUGCGAUGUACGGCAACAACAACAUGUACUCUCCCAGCAACGCUCACGCCGCUCAACCACCACCGUACGGAAACCAACAGGGCGCGUAUGGGCAAAUGGCCAUGACUCAGGCUCCGCAACAAAUGCCCCCCGGACCGUACGGCAAUGUUUCCCAGCAAACUGGCCUCUAUCCCCAAUCUGGAAUGCGACCGCCGCGUCAACGUGCCUCAACCAUGGAGCAGCAACAAAGCGGCAUUCCCAUGGCGAUUCAGCGCGUGGCCAGUCAUCUCGACCCGAGCCAGCCUAUUCGACUACAGCCGAGCCCGGCAUACUAUCCACCUCCUGCCGAUGGAGGCAUGGCGGGAAUGGACAAUACGCCUGGCCGUGCAGGAAGGCGUGGAAGCCGCGCGCAACAAGGUGGGCGGGGCAACCGGGAUUUCAUCCGUAACCUCGAGGAACGAACGCUGGAGGAGGGUUUCAUGGGCAACCAGAACCCGUGGCAUUGA